AUAGGAGAAGCUUUGGAAUUAUCAGAGCAAUACACAGGAACAGGCACCCCAGAUAUUGUUACUCUUCGACAUCCCAAUACAAGGCAACCUGCAGUGUUCCUGUUUUCACCAGCCAAUAAUUCUGUUCAGGAAGUUCUGACCUUUAGUGAAGAAAAAAGAUCAUGGUUUAUUGAUGAUUCUGUGAAAAGUGAUGGUAAAAUGCACCUUUCAACACCAAUAGACCCAAUAUUUUUAGUCCUUCCUUAUCUUAGAAAAUAUUGCCAUUCUAAGGCACAACCCUUGGAUCAAAUACUCAUGGAUGAGGAAUUUCCUGAAACUGUUCGACUUUUGAAAUCUAGUGGACUUAAAUAUUUAAAUCUCAUAGCAGAUAGAAAGGGUGAUGAAGAUUUUAAUGGCUUCAAAUAUAACGAAGAGAAAACAUUAAUUUGGCUUCAGAAAAAGACAGAACGUGUUGCUGACAUUUUAAAACAAAAAAAUAUUCAUGUUGCUAGUGGUGCAGCUUCAGCAACGUUUGUAAAAUCAACUGUAGGGGAGGCUGUGGACAACGAAGCAUAUUUACGAUAUGCACAUGGUAUUGUUUCAGAAUAUCUUAUGGAAGAUCUUAGUCAAAAACUUUUAAAGUACUUAAACUUACCUGAAGAUGUUAAUGUCAAUAAAAGAAAAAGCAGUAGUGGAAAUUUACAGCAACCAGAAGCAAAAAAAUUGAAACCUGAGGAUGAAGAAAAGGCUCACAGUUCCAGUGUUCUAGACUUAAGUAAGCCAGAGAUAAAAAUUUCAAAAAUGCCUGUUCAGAAUUUAAGAGAAAAGGCAAGAGCUAAGGCAGCAAGUGGCAGUAAAAGUAUCACAUCUUUCUUCAAAAAAUCGUGAAAUUCUCGAUCAGGAAUCGUUACUAAAUUGAAGGUAAUUUUGAUUUUAAAUUAAUUCUAUUUUUAUUUUGCGCCUCACGAUAAUAAUCAUUAUUUUUUGUGAGAUUUGAUGCCUGGUUAAAUGGCAAUAUUUUGAUUUGUUUUUUUAUGCAAUACAAUGAUUUAAAAGGACAGUUAUAAAAUAUUUCGUCCAAACAUUACAGAAUAGCGGUAGAUUACUGAAGCAAAGCAAAUGAAACGAUGUAGUAGAAAAGUCCGAUUUUUGUAAAAGUGUUAUUGUUAUUUUGGAUAUUUUUUCUAAACUAAAUCGAAAUAAGGGGCAAAGAAUAUUCAUACUAAAGCGUAAUUAAAUAAAAUUUUCAGAAACUUAUCAAAAAUAUAAAAGCAAACUUAGGCAAUAAGUAAACCAUUAAAGGAAAUAAAUGCCACCUUUAUAAGAUUAAAUAAAUGAAUCGUAAGUAGAAUCUAGUUGUGCUGUAAAACUUGCAUUUUUAACUAUUAUUCAAUUUGAUUUACUAUCAAUAUAAUGAAACAGAUUUAAAAACAAAGCGUACACCUUAUCCUGCAUUACUUGGAUUAUAUAUUAACACGGGAUAAUAAGUACAUUUCUAAUGAAACAGUAUUAAAAAAUGUUGGUACAAAAGACAUUUUCUUCAAAUUUUCGGAUAUUUUCUACUUUUUCGAAUUUGAAUUUUCAGGUCAUUUUAUUCUGUGAUACAACUUAAUGUAUGCUACACAGCAAAACGAACUUGUUAUUUAUUUACUUUUUUGUGAAUAUUAUUAAAUGGCAGGGAUGCGCCUCCUCUACUUUAUCUUUUUUGUUUCUACUAAAUUCGCGUCUUCUAAAUGCUGAACACAUAGAUGAAACUAUUGCUUAAUCCGAGAUUAACAAAAAAGCAAAUCUAAGAAUUGGAACAAAAAGAAUAGAUAUUAAAGAAAGGAGCAAAUCAAAAAUAUAAAGUAUCAUAAAAUAAAUCGGACAAAAGUUGAAAAAAAUAUAAUCUGCUAAUGAAUGUGUCGUUAUAAAAAGUAUUAGUUCAAAUAAUAUUAAUAAAUAAUUAAUACAAAUGAAAACAGCAUUUAGCAAAUUACGCGGAAUCAAUACCGUUGAAUAUAUGCAUCUUUUUUAUUCAUUAUAAUACAUACAACUAAAUUGUCCCUUUUUUUCAUAAUUUACUUCUCCUAGUUUGCAUCCCUGAAGUUGAUGUUUUAUACUUUGUAUACAUAGUUAUAAUUUGGUAAUCUUAUUUAAUGUUCCUAUCGUAGAUAUUAGCGAUACUAGGACUGACUAUGUUAGUAAAGUAGGCGCUAAAUUGAAAUUUAGGAGCUAGGAGUGUUUGGUGUAAUUUGUAACAAUCAAGUCGUAACUUACAAUGACGUAUUUUUUUAUUGAAUCAGUUUGAAAUACAUGUGAUGUGAAGACUUAUUUAAAAUAUUGUUGCUGUGUUUAUCCAUACUACAUUGUGUCAGUUAUCCUGAUUAAAACACAAUAAAAAAAUAUAAAUGUA